CUCCCAACGCGAUCUCGCACCCGCUGCCAUGGCCGGCGGCGAGGCAGAGGCGAUGGUGAGGGAGAUGGUUCGCUCGAUGGGAGCCGAGCAGCUCGACGAGGCCAUCCGCUUCGCCACCUUCGAGCUCGCGGGGCGCGACAUUUCGUUGGAGGAGACCUUCCGGCUCUGCGACGAGCAAGACCUCCGACGAGCCAAGAAACCUGCCACCAUGGACGAGACCGAGAGGAUCAGGAGCGAGCUCGCCUCCAACUCGUCCGAGGAGGCCGUGGUCGAGUUGCUUCGCGCGCUGCAGGACGUGCCGAUGACGUUCCAGACGCUGGAGGCGACCAACAUCGGCAAGACCAUCAGCGGCCUGAGGAAGCACUCGUCGGAGCAGGUGCGCGACCUCGCCGCCGCGCUCUACAAGAACUGGAAGGCUCUGGUCAACAACCACUUGAGCAGCAGCAGCAGCAGCAAGCAGCCGGUGCCGAUCAAGGCGAACGUGGCGGCCUCUACUCCGGCGGCUGAUCAUGUCAAGGCGAACGCGGCGAACUCUGCAAAGCCGCCGGCACCGAACACCAAGGCAAACACGGCGGCUCCUGACAAGCCGAAGCCAGCGGCGGCGCCGAAGAGCAAGAUAAUGCAGGCGUUCGUGGCUGAGGCGAGGCUUGCGAUGUCAAAGCGGAAGAUUCAGGAGGGUUACAAGGAUGCAUCGUCAGCCAGGAAAAACAUCCAGGUGAUCGACGCGCCGAGCAAGGUGAACCGGCGUCCGGUCGCCGUCGUCAAGCGGCGGCGGAUCACCUCCGCGAGCGCCAUGGAGCAUCCGCUUCGGACGGAUAUGUAGAGCUGCAUGAGCAGCAGAUGGAACAUGUUUCACUCUCCCACAUCCAGCAAUGAACGUAUUUGUGUUUUCUUUGAUAUAUGAUUUGUCGAACAUGUUCCUUGCAUGUA